AUGUCAACUGCAGCUCAGCCCGAGAUCCUCCCAGUACCUAUCCUUGACUCAAAUUCUAUCGAGGCUGAGGGAGAAUUUGACAAGGAUCAAGUCCCAUCCUCCCCCGAAGUUGGAAAGGUCGAAGUAGAAGAGAUCAACGAAAAAGCAAAAUUGAGUGACUACUUUACUUUACUCGCUUCUGGGUUCGCAUUGGUUUCUGAUGGGUAUCAAAACAACUUGGCUACGGUGUUCAAUCCUAUUUUCAAAAUUAUUUAUAAAUCAUAUUACACCAGCUCAGUAUCGACCAGAGUAUCCAACUCACUUCUUAUCGGAGAAAUCAUCGGUCAAGUGGGAGUAGGGUUGAUAUGCGAUCUGAUAGGAAGGAAGACUGCCAUGGUGGCUACUACGAUGUUGAUUGUUGUUGGUGGGAUCUUGGCAACUGCUUCUUCUGGUUCUACUCCUGCUGGUCUGUUGUGGAUGUUGACCGUCUCCAGAGGUAUGGUUGGAGUAGGAGUAGGUGGAGAAUACCCAGCAUGCUCUACUAGCGCUUCGGAAUCCGCCAAUGAGAAGUUCGGCAGAGAUAGAGGAAAGGUGUUCAUCCUAGUUACCAACCUGAUGCUGUCCAUCGGAGGGCCUAUCGUUAUUUCCAUCUUCCUCUUGAUCAUAAAUGCAGCUGGUUAUAAAGGUACGACCACCUCGGAGGAUCUCUACAAGUUGAAAUACACUUGGAGGAUCUGUAUGGGUGUUGGAGUAUUGAUCCCCUUGAGUGUUUUUUACUUCAGACUCAAAAUGAUGAAUUCCAAGUUGUAUAGAAGGAACGCCAUUCGACACUCACCACCUUAUGGAUUGAUCCUCAAGAGAUAUUGGAAAACUCUGGUGGGAACAGCAGGUACUUGGUUUUUGUAUGAUUUUGUUACUUUCCCAAAUGGUAUUUUCUCAUCAACCAUUAUCAGUGGAGUGAUUCCUGGUGCAGGCUUAGUAAGAACGAUGGAAUGGACUUUAUUGCUCUCGGUACUAUCUCUACCAGGUAUCUUCCUAGGUGCAUGGGUCGUCAAAUACACUGGUAGACGAAACCUCUUGAUAAUGGGUUUCUCAGGAUACAUUGUCUUCGGAUUGAUUGUAGGAUGUUCUUACGACAAGAUCACCAAGAUCAUCCCGCUGUUUAUCGUAUUUUACGCUUUUAUGCAGAGUUCAGGUAAUUUCGGACCCGGAAACAUGGAAGGAACCAUCUCCGCAGAGUCAUACCCUACCAGCAUUCGAGGUACAUGUUAUGGAUUCAGCGCAGCUGUUGGGAAAGCCGGUGCGGCGAUUGGUACACAAUGCUUCACUCCUAUUCAAAAUAAUCUGGGCAAGAAAUAUACUUUUAUCAUAGCAGCAUGUUGUGGUGCUCUCGGUGUUCUUCUCGCAUAUUUCUUCGUAGAAGAUAAAGGUAAAGACAGAUUAGAAAAGGAGGAUGAAUUGUGGAGACAAUAUCUGGUAGAUCACGGUAAAGGCGAUUUGAUCAUGGGUGACGGAUCAGAGGAGAAUAAGGCGGAAAGUAAUGUCGAGAAAGGUGAAUUGACUUAUAGAGAGUGA